UUCCUUCGAGCUGUUUGUCCCUCUCUGAAUUAAUCUCCAUUGUCUGUCUCUGAAUUUUUCUGCACGCCCACUCAUCCGAGCUGAUUCAAAAUCCGUCGAGUAACAACUGCAGACGGCGAUCCACCCAGCCGGAGAAUGGAACGGCUUGUCUGCACCGGCACGGCGGCGGCGCAGAUUGGAGCCGAGGUCGCCGCUGACCGCGGGGACGAGGGCGGUCGUGCUGCGGCGGUGGAACGCGGCCGCCGCCAUGGGGGGCCCUGGAGUUGGGAUCGCGUGCUCGCCUCUGCCCCGAAUCGAUCCACUUUGCUGCUCCCGCGACCUCCCGUUGGUGUGACUAUCCAAACGGCGAAACGGUUCAAGGGUACUAUCGACCUGCUGGGCCAUUCUGAAAAAGAUUCAGAGGCAACACGCUUGCAGCGAAGAUUCACGGUGAAGACACACAUAAGGUAGACUGCAGAACUUUAGUUCUGUCUUCUCUGGUACCAGCGAGGCCGGAACGAUGCCCAGAAAGAUGAUACAUCAUUAGUGUUUUCGCCUGAGAUCUGCAUAGAAGCUUUCCUGGCCAUGUGGUAAAAAGAGAUGUUAUUGGAGCACCACUCGGGUAACACUUUGUUGCAGUACACGGUUUUGUGAAAAAUACAGUCCUAGACCUGUAUGUUUACUGAGAGUAAAAAGCUGCUCCGAGCUUAUAUUUAUUGACUUGAGAAGGAUUCUGAUUGACAUUCUAGGGCUACUGGUAACAGCAUGUGGUAACCUCUGAUCUAGAAUAGUAUUCCUUCAACGUUUUUGUGCACAGAAGUGUU